AUGCCUGAUACGGGCGAGCCCAAACCUUUAAAUCCAUCAGUGAUAAAGUCGAAAGCGCUACCAUCGGGCUCUAAUAUCCCUGGACCCGUUGUAUCCCAAAUCGCACAGCCCUCAACCUUCCUCAGACUUCCAAUCCUUAAUCGCACAAUACAUGAAACAUCCCAGAAGAUAAACGCAGUUGAUAGCGAACAGCUCAGCGGCCUGUUGGUUCUCAGAGAUGGCUUUAAUGUCGUUUGGAGAAUAAAAUCUGUGCGAGCUUGCGCGAGACUGACAACUUUGGCCUUGCAGAACGCCAUUCGGGAGUUCCUCAAAAUUCGUACGAGCUACGACGUCCUUCCUCUAUCCUUCAGGCUUAUCAUACUCGACACCGAUUUGCUUGUCAAAAAAAGCCUAACCAUAUUGCUCCAAAAUGGUAUCGUCUCUGCUCCUCUAUGGGACUCACAUACUUCAACAUUUGCCGGCCUUUUGACAACCUCAGACUACAUCAACGUUGUACAGUAUUAUUGGCAGUACCCCGAUGCACUUAACCAGAUAGAUCAGUUCCGGCUGAGUAGCCUACGAGACAUUGAAAAAGCCAUUGGAGUGUCUCCUCUCGAAACUGUUUCAGUUCAUCCGACUCGCGCUUUGUAUGAGGCUUGUCGUCAGAUGUUAAAAACACGGGCACGAAGAAUACCUCUUGUUGAUCUUGAUGAUGAAACGGGUAGACAGAUGGUUGUUAGUGUAAUAACACAAUACAGACUUCUCAAGUUCAUAGCAGUCAACGUUACUGAGACGGAAAUGCUCAAGAAAAGUGUUUCCGAGAUUGGCCUCGGAACCUAUAAGGAUUUGCAGACUGCCACCAUGGAUACACCUGUAAUGGAUGUAAUUCAUAUUAUGGUUAAGUAUAGUAUAUCCAGUGUGCCUAUUUUGGACGAGAACGGACGAGUGUUAAAUGUCUUCGAGGCUGUCGAUGUAAUCGCUAUCAUAAAAGGAGGUGCAUACGAUGAAUUAACAACAAUUGUGGGUGAAGCUCUAUCAAAAAGAGCAAAUGACUUUGCGGGCAUCUACACUUGCAGCGAAGAAGAUAGGCUCAAUUCAAUAUUUGACACAAUACGAAAAUCUAGGGUUCACCGCCUCAUCGUUAUUGAUGAUGAAAACUGUUUGAAGGGCAUCAUAUCCUUAUCAGAUAUUCUGAAAUAUGUACUUCUCCAUGGAGAGAUAAAUGAAUAA